AUGCGCCACAUCCCGCCAGAGAUAUGGGGAAUUAUUAUCCAACAUGCGUGUGUCUUCGACCACGAUCCACUCGACACCUCACAGGAUCCAUCGUUCCUUCAGUCAAAACCCACACUCCCUACUACCUAUCGCGCCGAGAUGAACAUCAAGCUGGCUCUUUCCCUCGUCUCGAAACAAUGGAACAGCCUGACUCGACCCUUUUUGUACGAAUUCAUAUGGAUCGGUCGAGCAAUGCACGCCAAACUCCUCUCGCGGACACUAUUAAUGGAAUUCGUCAAUUGCUCGGGGUCGAGCGGCAAGUACCUUCGCCGGCUGCACAUCGAGACACCGGCAUUGGAACGUUGCUCUCCUGCGGACUUACGCACUAUCCUCGACUACGCGCCCCACCUGUUCAUUUUCGCAGAUCAGCGCUCGGUACAGCGUAGCCUUAUCGACGCUGUUUCCGAUCCAAAAUGUGGUCCAGAGGAGAUUUUGCAGCUGGUGGCGCAUCCUAAGGUUCGGCGGCUGAGUUGGACAAGGUACGAUGAUGCGCCCUUUCAGCUCGUCAUGGCACCUCUGGAGAACAACAUAGCGACACAUCUGGAGUACCUCGAACUGUUCUCAUGGCUGCCGCAAUGCGAUGCGCUAUUCGCUGAGCCACUGGGGCGAGGGGAUGGCGCAUCUAUCGAAAUGAACGUCCAACUUCCGUCUCUUAGGGCCCUCAAGAUAGCGCUAGACGACGACGCGCUCGCCGUACUAGCGUCCUGGCGGAUGCCCUCGCUCACACACGUAUCAGUCUUGUCCGGUGACUUCAACUGUCCAGGGGCAGGGUUCGCGCGCUUUUUUCGGGCGCACGGUGGGCGGCUACGCCAAUUGGAGCUUGGCCAUUCGCCGACACGAGCUUCGGAGCUCUACCUUACUCCACCACCACAAUAUACGCGCAUACCUCCCACACCCCCACCGCUUGCAACGUGGUGUCCGAACCUGCGCGAGUUUAUAUGCUCAGCGGACGCGGAGUGGCACUGGCACUGGCAGGCGCCAGACUGGAUUGCACCUCAUGUGCUGCUUCCCUCUCACCCGACAGUCGAGCUCAUUGCGAUACGGGAUAUCGAUAUCCGGCUACGAGACGACCCUCAUGUGUUCGAAGGCGGGGAGACAGCGGGUGGCGCGUACUUCCUGCUAUGUGAGCAGAUGUCUGUGCUUCUCCGGCGGGAUGCGUUCCCGAAUCUGCGCUUCGUGCGUGACGUGAGCGCGGAGAGCCAUCUUAUGCGCACGAUACGCCCAGCAGAACGCGUGACGCAGUUUUGGACGACGGUCUUGCGGCGGUGCCAGGAGCGCGGUAUAUGGAUGGAGGACUACCAUGGUGUAAAUAUCGCGCUACGAAACCUACGCCAGGCAAGCUUGGGGCAGAAUGAAACCCCGGAGUAG